AUGCAUUUUCUUUCUUACCUUCCUCUGCUGGCCAGCACCGUUUCGGCUCUAGCUUUCCCUGGUGCCGAAGGCUUUGGCAAAGAUGCCAUUGGCGGUCGCAACGGCAAGGUCUACGUCGUGUCCAAUUUGAACGACUCUGGGACCGGGUCUCUACGCGAUGCAGUCUCACAGCCUGAUCGCAUUGUUGUAUUUCAAGUCGGCGGCCUCAUCAAAAUAAAGGAGCGCAUUGUGCUCUCCAAACGCAUCAGUAUCCUCGGCCAAACCGCGCCGGGAGACGGCAUCACAGUUUACGGCAACGGCUGGUCCUUCUCCAACGCUGACGACGCCAUCGUACGCUACAUCCGUAUCCGCAUGGGCAAAGGAGGAACAAGCGGCAAAGACGCAGCAGGCAUUGCAGAGGGCAAGAAUAUGAUUUUCGACCACAUCAGCGUGUCCUGGGGUCGCGACGAGACUUUCUCUAUCAAUGGCCCUGCCGCCAAUAUUACCAUACAAAACUCCAUCAUCGCCCAAGGCCUCGAGACACACUCCUGUGGCGGCCUCAUGCAAACCGAGCUCGACGGUGGCGUCUCGCUCUUCCGCAACCUGUACAUCGACAACAAAACGCGUAACCCCAAAGUCAAGGGUACAAACGACUUCAUCAACAACGUCGUGUACAACUGGGGCGGCGGCGGCGGCUACAUUGCUGGCGAUUCGAGCGGCCAGUCUGAGGCGAACAUCAUCGGCAAUUACUUCAUCAGCGGACCCAGCACGAGCGUGACUGCUUUCACCCGUGGCAACGAAAAUUUCAAAGGCUACGUUGAGAAGAACUUCUACGACUCUGAUAAGAACGGCGCGCUGAGUGGGACGGAGAUUGGUGCGAGUAGCUCGAACUACGGUGGCAUGGUUAUUGCGACGACCAAGUUCCCGCACCCUGCACCUGCAAAGGUGCUGGGUGCGGCUGAUGCGUUGACGUAUGUUCAGGCGUCUGUCGGGGCUAGCAAGGUCCGCGAUGCUGUUGAUGAGCGCCUCAUCACAGAGUUGAAGAGCUAUGGUAAGACGGGGCAAUUGAUCAGCGAUGAGACGGCGGCUCCAAUGAACUUCCCCGGCACUAUUAAUGGAGGGGAAAAGUGGACUGAUGCCAAUGGAAAUGGUAUUCCAGAUGAUGUCGAAGAUAAGUUCGACAACGUGGAGGAUUGGGCGAAUUCGCUUGUGUCGAGUGACUAUUAG